AGACAGUCCCAUCAGCACAGAAAAGCUCAAUACCUGUCCGCCGACAAAGACUUACAAUGUGUUGAAUGGCCUGUCUCAGUAUCACAGCCCGGAUGAGAUGGCAAAUAGCCGUGAGCGACGAUUCUUGUACAACAAGUCGCUGUGGAAUUCGCAUCGAAACUCGAACAAGAUCCUUGAAGGCCCGAGCAUCCGGAAUCUGAUAAGGCAGAAGAUUGACGAUUCCUUGCUGGAGAACAACCCUCUGCUGGAGGACAACUUCUACCCGCACUCGAGCACCCCCGACAGCAUGAAGUACAACAAUCAGUUCAGAGGCGCGAAGAAGCCGAUGACGAGUCGUGAGGAGGAAAGGAGCAGCAGGGGACACUACCUGCCGUCCGUGGGCCCUUUGAGGAACCCCUCCAUGAAAGAGAGCAGCGCGAGCCCCGCCCAAGAGGACAGGGAGAAGAACCUCUUCGAGAGGAUCAUCGCUGACCUGCCCUCCCCUGUCCUCACGAGGACCGCGUCUAAGGGGCAGGACAGCCCGAUCCAAGCUCGGCUCGAGCAGUCGGAGAAACUUGAGAAGACUCUAAGGCAGCAGGUUCAGCAAGUCAAGGUUCUUGCCCAAGUACUCUUUGCAGACUGGGAUGCUCGUCAGAGUGCCAUCUCUUGAGGGAGAUGGACUUUUGUGACUGUAAAUUUACAUUUUCCCUUUUUUGAAGUUGAAUGACAAAUCUAAAAAGAUAAUCUCCUAAACUCGAACAAGCUAAAGAGAAAUCGGAUUGGAUUGUUGAACAAGUAAAUCUGAUCAAUUCUUUG